AUGCUCAACCAUCUUCUCCAUCUCAUACUCGUCGGUGUUGCCCUAUCCCACGAGCCAGACGGCUCAUAUUUUCUGAUCCUGUCUAAACCUUAUUUGAAUUUGGUUUAUACAUUCUCCGACAAUGCUAAAACAGUGGAGGUUAGUUUCUACUGUGCGGUGGGUCCCAAACCAACUAAGGCGACCUUUGAUGUCGAUAAGGUGUCCGAUGAGAGCUACUGGAUAGAUUUCCACAGUGAUCUCUGGGGAAAGUUCAAAAAAAGCUUUGAGAUUAGAUGCGAGGAUUACCUACCUCUGGGGUCAUUGGACUUGUGGCAAAUAAAGUACGCUGCUAAGUUCGACCAGCCGUCUAUUCACCUCAAGGGAAAAACAUGGAAGCUGGCACACCGAGAACCUCCUUCCCAUUAG